AUGAAUGUGGUAUGUUGGAACUGCCGCGGGCUUGGGAACCCACGGUCAGUUCGAUCUCUUCAGUUUCUACUGAAGAGGGAAGUUCCUGGGCUGGUUUUUCUCAUGGAAACCAAGCUCGAUUCGAAGCACAUGGAGGGGAUUCGGCAAAAACUGGGUUUUUGUGGUGGUUUUUAUGUUAACCGAGUUGGACUUGCAGGCGGACUUGCUUUGCUUUGGACAGAAGGAAUCCAAGUUAGUGUGAAGAGUUAUUCGGUUGGCCAUAUUGAUGUUUUUGUAGACGCUGGUUUGGGGGAACAAUCUUGGCGAUUUACAGGAUUUUAUGGACACCCGGAAAUGGCACAACGGAAAACAUCUUGGGAAUUAUUGCGUAAACUAUCAACAUGUUUCCAAAUGCCUUGGCUUUGUGCGGGGGAUUUCAAUGAAAUUCUGUUUAGCCGGGAGAAGUGUGGUGUCAUGGGGCGUAGUCCAUCCAAAAUGGAACAUUUUCGGAAUGUGAUCGCAGAUGCACACUUGGCGGAUCUGGGCUUUGUUGGGCCAAUUUUCACUUGGUCCAAUAACCGCGGUGGCCACGCGUUGGUUCGGGAGCGAUUGGACUGUGGAUUUGCUAAUGAUGCUUGGCAACUCUUGUUUCCACAUGCAAAGGUUUAUCCUAUUGCGUGCACAUCCUCGGAUCACCUACCGAUUUGUGUUGACAUUUGUGGGGCUAAAGAUCAACGUCAAUCUCCUGCUAGUGGCUAUCGCAUGUAUCGGUUUGAAGCUAUGUGGUUACGGCAUGCAAGUUGUGAGCAAAUAGUUGCUGAUAAUUGGCUGAAUUCUUCUAGAUGUUCGACAUUUGGUCUCUAA